AUGGCAAUUAUUGCUUACGAUGUUCUCUCCAAGGGCCGACAAAAGUACCAGGACGUCCAGCGUCGGCGAGAACUCCUUUCGUCACCCUUGAAACGCUCGAAUACCACACCAAACUUCCGAUCAAAAGCUAGCCAGGUCCUGGACGAGGGUGAAGAUGAAGACGACGCCGAGGACGAAGAGACGCUGGAAUUGCAGCUCGCAGAGAUCCAGGCUCGCCUUAGAUUGAAGCAGCUGCAGAAGAAACGGGCCAGAUCUGGCACAACAAGCUCAAAUGUGGAGGACGGAGAAGAUGAAUUCUCUAGUCUGACCUCCGGUAUUGCUUCUUCAUCACGGCCACGAAGCCAUUCCUUGGUCCCAGGAAGCCCACAGCGCACCACCCAGCGGAGAACACAAGUCGACGAGGUUCAAGUUCCGGUGUCUCCUACAAAACGAGAAGCACCGCCAGACCCUUGGUCUCCUCAAAGAUAUCGCAUGGGUAUUGAUAAAGGCUGGAAAGCCAGUGAUGUAUCACUCAAGCGACCACCGAUCUCAAGGCCAGACGCUAGGCCAGCCAGCCAGCUGGGCACCCGGAGCGGUGCUAUGACACGCUCCACUGAUGUAUUUGCGUCGAGACCGCAGACCUCACCUUCAAGCGGAGGAUUACACAGGAUCAAAAGCUUCAGUGAGAGAAUGGCCGAGGGCCGAGCCACUGAGAAGUCACGCUUGGAAAAGGCAGAGAGAGUCCAGGCCAAUAGAAGCUCUGCCUUUCAGUUGGAUAAAGCAGAGGUGGAUGCUUUCAAGACCGCAGCUUCCAACAGGCUACCCUCACCACCCUCAUCUUUCCGGGAGCCAGAAGCGCCGAGUUAUAGUCGAGAAGACAUCAUGCGGGCGUUGAACAAGCCCCGACCUGGCGGGUUGACACGCAGCGAAACGGCUCCAAAUGUCAGACAGUUGAAUGGCAAGGAUGACACGCUCUCCGAAGAGACAGGAGAUUCAUCCAAAUUUGAAUCACACUCUAGACAGCAUCUGUCGAGCCGCGUCCUACCUCAUUCCUUUUUGAGCCGCACACUUGCAGACAAGAAAGUCCUCACAAUCCCGGAUCUCCUCAAGACAAUCAAGGCGCCUGACUUUGAGCUACCGGACGAGAUAGACGGAGACUUCGUAGUCUUUGGGAUCGUUGCAUCCAAGUCCGACCCCAAACAAAAACAAAGUACGGGAAACGCUUCUGCAAAAACCGCUGAUCCUUAUGAUGACGGUCGAAACAACACCGACCGAUACAUGGUCAUUACUUUGACUGAUCUCAAAUGGACCAUUGACCUCUUUCUCUUUGACACCGCUUUCCCACGUUAUUAUAAGGUCUCAGGGGGAACACUCAUUGCGAUCUUGAACCCUACAAUCAUGCCCCCUCCAAAACACAAGCUUGACACCAACCGGUUUAGCUUGGCACUUUCAUCAUCGGAUGACAAGGUCCUCGAGAUCGGACACUCUCGAGACAUCGGUUACUGUAAAGCCACGAGGAAAGAUGGGAAGACCUGCCAGACAUGGGUGGACGGUCGAAAGACCGAGUUCUGUGACUUCCAUGUGGACAUCCAGAUCCGACGCACCCAAGGCCAACGCAUGGGUGUAAACAGCGAUACGGGCAUGUUUGGACCCGGUGGCAAGUCUGGGCCACGGACCGGUCAGUGGCAGGAAGGCAAACGCCGCAGCGCUCAACGUGAUCCUAAUAAUCCCAAGCAAGGCUUGAAGCCGGAAGGUGCCCAGUACGAUUGGGGUUCCCAGUCUACGUACUACGUCGCGCCAGCUCGCAAGGGUCACGGAAAUCGGACCUCCUAUCAUCCCAAUGCCUCUGGAGACUCAGCUGCGAACUUGCUCGAUGCAGUUAGCGAUGACCCCUUCAUUGCGGCUGGCAUGAUGGGCCGUGGCAUGGAGAACAAGGAAGAGCGACUCCGCCGGCGUCUCGCAACUCAAGCGCGCGAGCGUGAGAUCACACAGAAGCUUGUUUCUGGCCGCACUGGCGUUGGCGCAGACUAUCUCCGCACACGUACUGCCAACGAGAGUCCCUCUGAUGGCAAUAAGGACAAGCCUUCAGGAACACCCAGUACACCGAAGACUCUUCCCCAUAGCAGCAGCAUGAACCUGGCUAGCUUCGGCAAAGCAAGGAACGUCCGCCUGAGCCCCCAAAAGCGUGCCAAUGCCAACCCACAUGGCAGCGGCGUCAAGAAGACUCGCUUUCUUACUGCGAAUGGGAUUCGAGAAGCAGGCCGAGAAAGCCUGGGUGGCCCGGCUCAAUCUGCUAGUAGCAGACGGCAGGUUCUGUCAGAUGACGAUGAUGAUGAAUUAGAUAUCAUCUAG